AUGGUUUCGUCGUGGCAGGCAGCUGCGAGCUCCAACAUCGGGGGCAGACUAAAACAGGAGGACAAGGUCGUGAGCAUACCGAACCUCAACGCGUACAUCCCGGUGGCGACUGAGCUGGACCGGGGCAUCGCGAGGAGCUUCUUUGCCGUCUUCGAUGGUCAUGGAGGAUCUGCCGCAAGCACUUGCUUGGCCAAGACGUUUCAUGUGAAGCUGGCCAGGAGCCCGCUGCUGGCCUCGGACCCGAAGGCUGCGCUGCUGGACGUGUGGCAGUCCAUGGAUGGCGAGGUCUAUCGUGCGCUAGCACAGAAACACCGGCAAAACAACUUGAGGCCGACGAUCAUCGGCGGGGCACAAGAGACGUCGGGAGGGGCGUCGUUUCCAUCGGGGGGGGCUUCGCAGUUUCCCCGGGAUGGGAGCACCGCUACGGUUCUGCUGCUGGUCGGCAAAAAGCUUUACGCCGCAAACUGCGGAGAUUCUGCAGGCGUUCUUGUCAAGAAGGACGGCAGUGUCCAGACCAUCACGAAUAGUCACGACACUCUCAACCCGGGCGAAUACGACCGCAUCAGAAAGCUAGGGGGAUCUUACCGCAAUCAGACUCUGAGAUCCCCGAGAAAAUGGCCAUGGUGCUGCGUGGUGCAAGAUGUGGUCGUCGGAAAGCCAAGGGUGUGCGGGCUGCUGGUGACGAGGGCGUUUGGCGACUUCUCUUGCAAGCUGGGAGGGACCCCCGGCAUCAUCCUGCCCGACUGCGAAGAAAUCUUGGAGCUGACGAUCGAGGAGGAUUGGGCAGAGGUUGUCAUCGCUAGCGAUGGAGUGUGGGAUGUGAUGCAGACGGAGGAGAUGCCGCAGAUCCUGGCCAUGUUGGAAGAAAAGAUCCCGGCAAAGGUCUCACCGCGGAUACCGGCCGCAGCGAAUAAAGACUUCAACAGCAACAACUCAAGCGGCGGCGGCACUCUCGCGGCUUUGGACUAUGCGGCCAGCGAGAGAUACCUCCUGGGGGAGCUGUCGGAGGAGCACAUAGUGACGUCUUUUGGCGACUCGGCCCGCGUUAGGCAGGCGCAGCUGCAGGGCACGUGCGCCAAGCUCGUCUUGGCGUGCGUGAGGCACAGGUACUGGGCACUCCAUCAAGCCGCGGCGGACAACGCGAGCGCCGUCAUCGUAAGAUUCCGAACAAAGCCGGAGCAGGUCCCGGAAACAUGCCCGGAAGAGGCUUCGGGGGACAACCCCUAG